UUUGGAGACCGGAAGGCGCGUGAGGCUCUCGACCGCGCGCAUCAGACGCUUCAGCCUCCGCUUCAACCUCACCUCCGAGUCCGCACCAUGGCUCUGCUCAGCUUCAGCGGCUAUAGACCUGACUCCAGACCCUAUGGACCCUCCGUUGGGGGGGCCCGGAGCCUCACGGACCGAGCCAGUCACUACACCUUCGGGACCAGGUCUCCGGAGCUGGCCCUCCCGCUGGGCCUGGACACCGCGGGCUUCCUGGCGCGCUGCGGCCGGGCCGGGGGUCCGGAGGCCCCGGGGGGCAUCGAGCUGAACCACGGGACCACCACGCUGGCCUUCAAGUUCCGCCACGGGGUGAUCGUGGCGGUGGACUCCAGGGCGUCGGCGGGCAGCUACAUCGCGUCCAAGGAGGCGAACAAGGUGAUCGAGAUCAACCCCUUCCUGCUGGGGACCAUGUCAGGAAGCGCUGCCGACUGCCAGUACUGGGAGAGGCUGCUGGCCAAGGAGUGCAGGCUGUAUGAGCUGAGGACCAGCAGGAGGAUCUCAGUGUCUGCUGCCUCCAAGCUGCUCACCAACAUGAUGCUGGGCUACAAGAACAUGGGGCUGUCCAUGGGCAGCAUGAUCUGUGGCUGGGACCAGAAGGGUCCUGGUCUCUACUAUGUGGACGACAACGGCUGCCGCCUCUCGGGGGCCAUGUUCUCCACGGGCUGCGGCAACAGCUACGCCUACGGCGUGAUGGACAGCGGUUACCGUGACGACCUGACGGUGGAGGAGGCGUGUGAGCUGGGCCGGCGUGGCAUCGCCCACGCCACGCACCGCGACGCCUACUCCGGGGGCGUGGUCAACGUGUACCACAUGAAGGCGGACGGCUGGGUGAAGGUGUGUAAGGAGGACGUCUCAGAGCUGAUCCACAGAUACAGGAAGGACAUGUUCUGACCUCUGACCUCCCACCUGGAGCCCCAUGUGACCCGGCCAGAGGACGGGCUCCUGAUCAGCUCUCAUCAUCACAUCACUCAUGAUCACCGAACGUCGUGUCCAGGAAUGUUUUAAUAAAACGCAGAGAGCAGAACACUGGGACUCCUGUGAGCUCAUUGCACCAAACAUACUCAACGCCUUAGUUCCAGCUCGUUUUCAUCUACAAGCUUCAGUUAAAACCCCUAAAUAGCAUCGCUCGGGUACAUUGGAACUCCACUGAAAAGGUGACGAGUGAUUAGUGACUUUUCCUUUGUUUUUCCUGACCUUCCAAGCCCACUAAGACAGACUUCCAGUGGUGUUGUGAGAUAAAACACAAAGUCUUCGAUAAGGUGAAGAGAAGAUUCAGUUAAGCCUUUAAAAUGUGAGUCCGAAAAAGUUUAUACACACAAUUUCAAUGCGUUGAAAUCACACAUUAUAGCCUAGCUUGUGUUGUUAGCAUGAAUGCUACGUUCAGGUGUCUAAAUGAUCUACCGGUAUUCAGGUUGGCUACAGGCUACGUGAUAACUAAACCGACAUUUAGACAUUGGUCAUUCAUAAAUAGUAGUUAUUGGGUAAUAAAUACCUUGUGAUACAUCGUACCUGACGCAGACUGAACCACCCCUGCGACUCGGUCCGACCGACUCCACGGUCCAGUGAACAACGUAGGAACCGUUUAAGCUUGACAUUGUGUUUCUAGGUCACAUAUUGACGUUGUUUAAGCUCUGUGACGUCUGCAACGGUUAGCUUUAGGGAUAGCCACCUCGGGCUAAAGCGUCAAGAACGUCCUCGCACUCUAGCCUCAACGUCAAGGAGACCCACGGGAAAUACAAUCCGGUAUUCAAUUAAACUAUUAAAGUGGGAUUCUGAAAAAAUAAUUUCCGUUCGAAAAAUAGGUUUGAACGCAGGUUAACGGUUAAAAUUGACCAAGUUGAAAAGUCUGAAGUCAAAUACUCUUAAAACAUUACCAUCACUGAUGAAUACUGUUAGAAUAUUACUAUCACAGACAGACAGACAGACAGACAGACAGACAGACAGAUCAUUUAUUGUCCCCUUGGGGAAAUUAUUCUCAGUGAAUAGCCAGAUACACAUGACCGUUAACAACAACAUAAAAACCAACAAAAAAUAAACAACCACUGACAAAACAAGCCCCCAAAAUCAUAUUUCCCACGUAGUUCAAGGACACAGCUAAAGAUGUUGGCAUUUUAAACCAACAAUUAAAACCUUUUUAAAUGUUUGUUUAAAAAGCUGAUGGAUUGUGGAAUUAAUGAAUGUUUUGUCCUAUUUUUGGAGAGGGCUAGGUAUCGAGACCUGCUACUUGAGGGUAAAAUUCAAAGGUGGAAAAAAGUGGGGGUUUUGAAUUUUCUAAAUUAUUUUCUGCUUUACUCUGAACUCUCUCUGUAGGUGUUUUCAAGACUAUUUAAAUGAGUACCUAACAGCUGGCAGUGGUCCCUAUUUUCCUAAGCCUACUCUCCUGUGCUUCUGCUGUGCUGCCGAACCAGCAUAUUAUGCAGAAGGUACAGACACUCUCCACAUAAGAAGUGCAGAACAUCUUAGCCAUUUUGCAGUCUACAUCAAAUGGAACGAAUUAAAGCCUUUGCUGUCCUUUUUUCUGAAUGAGUUCCGUGUACUGCUCCCACUUCAACUUGUUGAAUGGGUUAACCAAGUGAUGGUUAGUGCUUGGUUCUAUGAACAUCCUUAAUGUACCCACAGGGAUAUAUUGUUGUUUCGCUUUCUGCUGACUAAUGCAUUUUGGAAAAUCUUACUUUGGAUAAAAGCGUCCGCUAAACUCCCUCAAUGUAAAUGUAAAUGUUAAUACGGUUUCAUUCUCAUAACUAUAUAUUCCUUAAUCCAUCCUUUUAUUAAAAUAC